AUGCCUCCCCAUGUUCCAGAAUUGCCACAUCUACGCAUGUUUACUGCUCGAGGGGCACUGAAAGUGGUGACGGCACAGGGUCACACUCUCUACAAUGGGAGCACUGGCUUCUCCAUCCAUAAUUGCACAAUCGGGGCGGCGUCGAAGCUGGUUACGACGAACUACUCGGUGAAGACCUUCCUAGGGCACCCAUGGAAGGGGUUCUCGAGGACGGUGUACAUGCAGUCGUACGUCAAGAGGAUGGUGGAGGCAGUAGGGUGGAUGACAUGGAAUGAUAGCUUCGCAUUGAGCACGCUCUACUACGGCGAAUACCAAAAUUAUGCACCGAGCACAACAAAGAGUGGAAGGGUGCAGUGGCUGGGCCAUAGACUAAUGAACAUGACGAAUGCUUACAAGUUCACUGUGAAUAAUUUUAUAACGGGGGAGGUGUGA